UUUUUCUUUUGCACCUACUCUAUAUAAAUCAGCCCCUUGCUUGCUCUCACUCAUCACCGGUCUUCACUCUUCACUAGAACUUGCCAGCAGCGCUAGUGUGCAGCGAGCCAGUGACCGACGGACAAGAACAAGAUGGUCGCCGGCUGUGUCAUCACCGAGCAGUGUGCCCUGGCGGUGUCGACAGAGCGGCUGUGGAAGGUGGUCUUCUCCGGCGAGGACACGGCCGCCCUGCCCAAGGCCUGCGCGGGCUUCAUCGACGUUGUGGACGUCGAGGGCGACGGCGGACCCGGCAGCGUCUUCACCAUGACGCUCAGUCCGGCGGCGGCGGAGCUGUCAGGCUCGGGCGUGAUGAGGAGCCGCGUGAUGGCCCGCGACAACGCGGCUAGGGUGUUCAAGACGGAGAUACUGGAGGGCGGCAAGGUGAGCGGCCAGCUCAAGUCGCAGGUGGUCGAGAUGAAGCUUGAGGCGGCCGGGGACGGUGCUUGUGUGGCGAAGCUCAGGGUGGAGUACGAGAGGCUCGACGGCGGCGGGGCGCUGUCGGCGGAGGACCAGGCGGCACUCGCCGCCGGGUACCUCGACCAGCUCAAGAUGGUCGAGGCAUACCUGGUCGCCCACCCUGCCGAGUACGUCUAAUUAAAACAACGCGACAAACAUCAGAAAUAAAUCAAUCUUCCUUUAUAAGAAAGAAUAAAUAAAUAAACUAUUAAGGUGAGUACAUAUCUUUGUUUUGAAGAAAUUAUAUGAGCAAGUAGCCCGGUGUUGUUUGCUUCGUGGUUGACUUCGCGAGAAGAAUCAAGUAGUAAUCAUUAGUAUAAAUUGUUUGGGGUGUGUAUUGAGUUUUUCAUCCCUGUUUUAAGUUUGUAUUUCGUGUGUAAGUUACUUCAAGCAUUAAUGUAGAUAAAUAUUAAAGCCGUUUGGUUUUGUGACAAA